GUUCCCCUUAGGCUGACACCGGAAGUGGCUCUCGUUGUCUUGGAAGAGAUUCAUGUAGACGCCGGAAGAGAAGGCCGUGACCAACGGCGAGGGGCCAAGAUGGCGGAGGUGGAGGAAGUAACUGAAGGCUGUCGUCUCCCUGUGCUGCGCCGUAACCAAGACAAUGAGGACGAGUGGCCACUGGCUGAAAUCCUUAGUGUCAAGGACAUCAGUGGCCGGAAACUUUUCUACGUUCACUACAUUGAUUUUAACAAACGUCUGGAUGAAUGGGUGACCCAUGAUCGGCUGGACCUGAAGAAGAUCCAGUUCCCCAAAAAGGAAGCCAAGACCCCCACCAAGAAUGGGCUGCCAGGAUCCCGACCCAGCUCUCCAGAACGUGAUGUGAGGAAGACCUUGGAUCUGUCUCUGCAACCAGCCGCAACUCCAUCCAGCGGUAAAACUCUGCCCAUCCCGGUGCAGAUAACCCUCCGUUUUAACCUACCUAAAGAGAGGGAGGCCGUCCCCGGCUCGCCCGACCAACCCCUCUCCUCCAGCUCCUGCGUCCAGCCAAACCAUCGUCCAACGAAGCGGAAGGUGGAGGUGGUUUCUCCAGCAACCCCCAUCCCUGCUCCGACAGAGACUACACAGGCAUCCGUGUUCCCCCAGAACGGUUCUGCCCGGCGAGCAGUGGCUGCCCAGCCCGGCAGGAAGAGGAAGUCCAAUUGCCUCGGCACGGACGAGGUGAGUGCUGGGGCUUGUGACUCCGCCCACCUGCUUUGCCGGGUGUCCCGGGCUGGAAGAAAGCAGCUCUUUUCCAGUUGUGAAGAAUAUUUCCCCACUUGUGAGCAGGACUCACAGGACAGCUCGGACGGCAUUCCCUCAGCCCCGCGCAUGACGGGCAGCUUGGUGUCGGAUCGCAGCCACGACGACAUCAUCACACGCAUGAAAAACAUUGAGUGCAUAGAACUUGGUCGACACCGCUUGAAGCCCUGGUACUUCUCACCGUACCCACAGGAACUCACCACCCUCCCUGUCCUCUACCUCUGCGAGUUCUGCCUUAAGUAUGUCAAGAGUCUCAAAUGUCUCCAAAGGCACCUGACAAAAUGCGACCUGAGGCAUCCGCCCGGGAAUGAGAUCUACCGCAAGGGGACCAUCUCCUUCUUUGAGAUCGAUGGGCGGAAGAACAAGAGCUAUUCUCAGAAUCUCUGCCUGCUCGCAAAAUGCUUCCUGGACCACAAGACCCUCUACUAUGACACGGACCCCUUUCUCUUCUACGUCAUGACGGAGUAUGACAGCAAGGGCUUCCACAUCGUCGGCUAUUUCUCCAAGGAGAAGGAAUCCACAGAGGACUACAAUGUGGCUUGUAUCCUGACUCUGCCCCCCUACCAGAGACGAGGUUAUGGCAAACUGCUGAUCGAAUUCAGCUACGAGUUAUCCAAGGUGGAAGGGAAGACGGGCACACCAGAAAAGCCCCUGUCGGACCUGGGGCUCUUGUCUUACCGCAGCUACUGGUCCCAGACCAUUCUUGAAAUCCUCAUGAAUCUUAAAUCAGAGAACGGGGAGCGUCCACAGAUCACGAUCAACGAAAUCAGUGAAAUCACAAGCAUCAAGAAGGAAGAUGUCAUCUCUACAUUGCAAUACCUCAACCUCAUCAACUACUACAAGGGCCAGUAUAUCCUAACACUUUCAGAGGACAUCGUGGACGGGCACGAGCGCGCCAUGUUGAAGCGGAUCCUGCGAAUCGACUCCAAGUGUCUGCACUUCACCCCCAAAGACUGGAGCAAGAGGGGAAAGUGGUGAGAGUGGAAGCUGAGACCACUCAAAGUGAAGAGUGGCCGUUGGCAGACCCUCCCACACCAGGACAGCAAGGGUCGGGGCAGAAUGUUCGGACACUCCUUCAAAGAC